GGAUUAGCCACAACCGACUGCAGUCCACAGCACAAGGAGGAAGAUAGUCACUGCCACUCACUACUCAGCCUCUCCAUUAUUAUUAGCUCCCUGUCUGCAGCUGCGACUUUGCGCAACUGAAUCUACCCAAGAGCACAAUACGGAUCUCAGGUAAAAAAAAAAAAAAAAAGGUUUAGAAUAGCAGCAGGAAAAUAAGAUGGACCCAUUCGCUAAGGAGUAGUUCAGGUAGGAUUCAUAAGAUGGCCCUUUAAAUUGAAACCCCGCAUCUUGGAAACAUCGCUCCGAUUUUAUUUUAUUUUUUCCUUUCCGCUCCAUAUGUUCAAGACGGUCAAUUAUCCGGCGGUGGAUCCCGCGUCCACCAUCAUGCACGGCGCCUGGCUUUCCACCGGGUGCCGAGAAAGCAUGCCCGUGGCGGUGGAGAAACCCAAGAAAAAGGCGUUCAGCCUGGUCAAAAUAAUGUCCCUGACUAACAAGAAGGACCACGGACAGAAUGCGCACCAGCAGCAGCAGCACCACCACAACAACAACAUGCCGUUCACCAUCCACUGUCACAUCGGGAAGGAAAUCAAGCACAUUUGCAGCAACUGCAGCCGUGGAAACAACACGCAAGACGCUGAGGAAGUAGAGCGGCUGUCUGCCAUGCGUUCAGAGUCCCUGGUCUCUGGCACACACACUCCGCCCAUCCGUCAUCGGAGCAAGUUUGCAACUCUUGGAAGACUCCUCAAGCCCUGGAAGUGGAGAAAGAAGAAGAGUGAAAAGUUCAAGCAGACAUCUGCAGCUUUGGAGAGGAAAAUGUCCUUGCGACAGAGCAGAGAUGAACUCAUCAAAAGAGGGGUUCUGAAGGAGAUCUUUGAAAAAGCUACUGUUGAAUUCCGAUCCUCCAUGGAUGGCGGUAUUUGUCCUCAGGAACCCUCCAUAAAGUCAUCUAUGGUCCUGCCCACCAAGAAAUCUGUAUCUUUUCCAAGUGAUCAUCAGGAGACUCCAGCCAAACCCCCACUUUACCACAAGCAGCCACCUGCCCUGCCUCCAAAGCCUUUCACUAGGAUCUCAAACCAUAGCACAGAUUCUUGCCAGCCAAUGAAGUUGCCCUGCAUGCCCGGAGCAAAGCACUCCCCACCCUUGCCUCCUAAGAAAGUGAUGAUCUGUGUGCCUCCAGGCGGGCUCGACUCCUCGCCGUCUCCGUCCCCCAUUCCCCUCAACUCGCUCCCGCCAAAGUGUGCACCUCCACAGGGUUUACCACCUCACCACGGAUCGCUGCUGCCCUCCCAGUUUAUCGGGCUUUCCCAGCUCCACCAAAACCACGGCCACCCUUUCCAGCUCCAGUACGGCGGCCUUCAUGCCCCCAGCCGCAUCAUAGAGGAGCUCAAUAAAACCCUGGCACUAUCCAUCCAGCGGUUUGAAAGCUGUGCACUACUGGGCAGUGUUCAGUGUGCUCCCCUGGACAGGAGAGAAGUGCCAUCGGUGAUAAUAGACUACGACGACGACAAGGAAAACUUGCCUAGCGAGUCGGAUUAUGAAGACCUGCCCAGCAUGUAUAAGGACGAGGAGGAUGAUGUGGAUGAUGAUGAGGAGGACGAUGAAGAUGAUGACUCCUUAUUUACAAGUACCCUGGCUAAGAAGGUGCUACGAAAAGAUUCACUGGCCAUCAAGCUAAGCAAUCGUCCAUCGAAAAGAGAGUUGGAGGAGAAAAACAUUUUGCCUAUGCAGACAGAUGAAGAGAGGCUAGAAUCACGCCAGCAGAUAGGCACCAAACUCACAAGGCGCUUGAGCCAGAGACCCACAGCAGAGGAGCUAGAACAAAGGAACAUCCUCAAACCCCGCAAUGAGCAGGAGGAAAUGGAAGAAAAGAGGGAAAUAAAAAGGAGGCUGACACGAAAGCUGAGCCAGAGGCCCACUGUAGAGGAGCUGAGACAAGCCAAAAUUCUUAUCAGAUUCAGUGACUAUGUAGAGGUUUCAGAUGCACAGGACUACGACCGGCGAGCAGACAAGCCCUGGACCCGGCUCACAGCAGCUGAUAAGGCAGCAAUCAGGAAAGAACUCAAUGAUUUUAAGAGCAAUGAGAUGGAAGUACAUGAAUCAAGUCGUCAUUUAACCAGGUUUCACCGACCAUAAUAGACCGCAACUGUCUCGAGCAAUUUAGUCUGCUCCUCUGGAGAUCCUUAAGUGCUGGACAGUAAAACAGGUGCCCUUCUCUUCAAUAAGGCCAUGUAUUCUGAAAUGCCUUUUCAGGAUUUACACAUCUGCGUCAGCACUGCACACCAAGAUGCUGACAGCCACUGUCCAGUCCCUUAUAGUAGCACAAAACAACUGUAGGUAAUGCACAUGGCCCCUGUUAGGGGCUCAUUCAACUGUCUCUUAAACCUCUCUGCUGAGCUCUCAGGCUGGUGCUCAGUGGCGUGGAGACUGGACAGCAGAAGAGUCCUCGUUUGCAGUUGAUGGAAACUUGCGCCAAACCUACUUGGCGUCAUCAGUAACACCAGUUGACCUAUCUAAGUGGAAAUAUUUUUAAUCCCUUCCCACCUUUCAGGCUGUCCCUAGGAACUCUGUUUAGCUCUUGUAGACAACCCUAUGAGGGUGGAGAGUUGAUCAUUCUGAGCUGAUCAUAUCAGAAAAGGCUCCAUCUUUACUAUAUCUGCUGGGAUUUUAGAAAGAAACAAAAAGGAAAAGCUUCUAUCCAUUGAAUCACGUGCAAUUUCUUUUUUUUCUUUUGCUAGACUAUAGCGCCCCCUGGAGUUCUGUGAAUCAUCUUUAGUCUUGAUACUGCUCCUCCAUAUGCGCAAUUCUAACUGUAACCAGCAAUGCUGUCAUCUAAUUGCUAACUGUGAAUUGGAGAGUCGGGAAAACUUACCAGACUCUCUCCUGAUGUACAUUUUGUUGAUACUGAAGAAGGCAGGUUAUGUUUAAGAAUUGAAAAUGUUAAUGUUUAAGCUUUUUUUUUAAUGUCUUAUGCUUUUGCAGGUCACAGAAAUUUUCUGGUUUUAGUGUGCAACACUCUUUUUGUUUUUGAUUUGACAGUUUUUACAUUUUCAUUAGAGGCACUUAUUUGUUAUGGACACCUGAUUUGAACUUUUUAUGCAUUCCAGCGCUUUGAAGAGAGUAUUAAGUGAUUGCUUGCCACAUUUCUUUUUUAUAGAUUUUGUGUGUAUUGUUUACUAUUGUUUAUUCUUGGCGAAACAUGUGCAUUCUAUUAUACACUUUAAUUUUAUAUACAUGUCUCACAAGCUUUUAACAAUGUAAUACCCUUUGUUUGGAAGGGGAGGAAUCAGGUACAUUUUGGCCCCAACAUUUUUUUUUCUAUGGCCAUAAAAUGGCUUUCUUCAGGGUCAGACGAUUUGUUUACUUUCAAAGUUUGCCUCAG